UUCAAACAGAUGUGCAAGACCUGGCAUCAAAAGCUCAUCUUGAUGUGCCAACGCAAGAACUUUUCAACUUGAAGUACUUGGACACUAAACACACAAGCAAGUGCUUGCUCCCAUCGGAGAAACAAGAAGGCCCAUUUUGAGAUGAGAUCCAGUAUGAGUGAGCCACCCUGAAGAUACACAACUAAAAGGCAACAGAAAGUGCAGUAAGUCGAUCUCUAGCUAAGCAUAAGCUAAGUUUCUCAUUCUCUAGGCAUCAGAAAUACGGCGGCCAGAUCGUCAGUAAUGUCUGUAGCAAUAAGACUUCCUUUAUGCCACUCAAAUGACCAGAAGAUUCUUUCGAAAUUGAUGAAAUCACUAGCCCUCGAGAGUCUCAUGCUCAUGAGAAUCUCUCUCAGAAGAUGAGUAGCAGGUAUAAGUCCGCAUUCCAGACUGUUGACAAUAAGUGGACAAACGCUUAUCGGCGUGUCAAGGAUAACACUCUCGGGCAUUUCAUUAAUGUUGCCCAUGACUUGGUGAUCAAGAACCCAUCGAAGAGAAAUAUCAGUAAUUCUAUGUACAAGACAGAAGAUCCUGGCUUGCAAUCAUUGAAAAUUAAUAAGACGAGGUCAACCUCUUUCAAAAUUUUGAAGAGAAACAAGCAUCUGGGUUCUUCCCGCAGUUUAAAAGUUAGACUUGACCUUGAAAAAGGUGACAAAGCUGGGUCUGAUCUACAAAAUUCAGAGAAAGAGAACAUAUUGUCUUGAAAUAGCAAGCCUACUCCCUCCAACCGUCAAAAAUUGCAACCGAAGAGAGAUGACUUGGAAGAGUUUCUACGCCUUGAAAAACUAUGAAGGACAGAUAUCUUCAUGAAGAGGCCUGAGCAAAGCUGAUCAUCUCCAAAGAAACUUAUGAGGGCUAACCAUAAUGUGCUUCAAGAUGUGGCUCAGAGUAAGAGUUGUGUUUAAUUCCUG